UGCUCAUUUCUUCAUUAAAACAUGAAUAAGUUUAUCAUAUUUUCAAUCUUCUCUAUACUCAACUUAAUUCUUUGUGAUAACAAAUUUCUUCCAAUUAUGAAUGGGCUACUGAAUUAAAUCGGAUUAGUUUAACAUUCUUCGGCGUUUGGCCGGAGAACCAUGAAACUAAGCAAAAAAACUUAAUAUCGGAGAUACGUGUUAUCAUUGCGUGUAACCUACUUAUCUGGAUGUGGCUUAUUCCAAGUCUACAUUCGUUGCUGAAGAUUUAUGAUGAUAUAACAUCGGCAAUCGAUAAUUUGCAAUACACCUUGCCGCUUCUGAUAGCCCUAAUGAAACUUUUCAUCAUUCGGCAAAAGAAAUAUGAUAUCCUACUUGUAUUAAAUAUGAUCAAGAAUGAUUGGCUGAAACCAAUGACGUCAGAAGAGAGAAAUGUUAUGAUAAAGCAGGCACGAAUCGCACGUAUUCUCACGUUAUUGAGUUGCUUGGUAGCGGAAAUGUUUGCUAUAAUUAUCUCAAUUCUUCCCAUUUUUGGCAUUUCAAUGAGAUAUAGGACGAAUAGGACAGACCCAGGCAAAAUAUUGCCACUACAAACAUAUUAUUUGUACGAUGUAAAUAACAGUCCACUUUAUGAGCUAACUUUUGUUCUACAAAGCUUGAGUAUGAUAGUGGUCGCCACGAUAUACACCGGACCGGAUACCUUCAUGAGUCUGCUAGUCUUUCAUAUAUGUGGUCAACUCAAGAAUCUUAAAGCACGAAUUCGCAAUUUGGAUCAAUUGAACAAUUUUCCAGAUGCUUUGUCGGCCAGCGUGAAGGACCAUAUACGUCUUCUGAGGGCCAUUAUAAUCAUUAAUGAUACGUUUAAUUUGAUGUUACUGGGAUUGUUAGUAUACUUUGGCAUACUUUUUACUCUCUAUGGGUUUUUAUUUGUUUCUAUAACAACGCAAGGUCGCAAUCUUUCUAUGGGACGAUUGCUUUUGUUCCUGUUUGGUUUUACCAUCACAUUUGGGCACAUGAGUCUAUAUUGUAUACUAGGAGAAAUUUUGGUUAUUCAAUCCGAAGGCAUUUACGAAGCUGUUUGCCAAUACGAAUGGUACAAAUUAAAACCGUGGCAGGCGAAAGAUUUCCUGAAUAUAAUGAUACAAGCUAGAAGACCGCUGUAUCUUACUGCAGGAAAGCUCUUUCCUAUGACGAUAGCUACAUUGUGUAAUUUAUUAAAAACUUCGGGCGGCUACAUAUCUGUUCUAUUGGCUCAUCGUAGUUGAACUAGACAUCACGUGGAACACCAAUAUUUCCCCCAUCAUAUUAUAAAUUAUUAUUAAUAGUCGUAAUUAUAUUGUAGAAUUAUACUUCUCCUAGAUUAGACAAAAUAUUAUGAUACAUCGCAUUCGGA